AUGACCAUGGAUGCUUCAGCUGAUCAAGUGGAAUACUUGUCAUCAACAUUAUUGAAGCAAAAAAGACCAGUUACAUAUCAUACUUUAGCAAGAGAAUUGAAGAUUCAUCAAAAUAAUGCAAAGAAUGUCCUACAUAAGUUUUACGCAGCGAAUGGAGAUAAGAUACUGGCUUCUUUUAUAAUUACAGGCAAAAACAACAGUGGAAGCCUUAUUAGAUUAUGCAAAGAUGAAAGUUCCUUGGAGCUAGAUAUGAAGCUGUUUGAGAACAUUCAUAGUAUUCACGUUUAUAGUUUACAAACUAAAGAAUCCCAUAUUACCAAUGAAAAUAUUGUAUUAGAAGAGUUGAAGUACAAAGUCGACCAUACAAAUAGUGAAGAAUAUUAUAAGCUUGGAAUGAUAAGAGGACCUGGUUUGGCUGUGGUGGAUUCGAAACUGGUGUCAACUAAAGCACCAACUGCUAUAGCAAAACCCGCUGCUGCACAGGCUGGUUCUACUGCUGAGAAAUCGACCAAACUUCCUAAAAGUACAGGAUUAACGUCUGGAUAUGUUUCACGUAAAGUCAGUAAUGAUUCUCGAUCAUCUGAUAGAUCUAAAACUGAUUCCAUAACCAAUUACACCUCACGCAAAUCUGAGGCCACUAAUAAACUAUCGAAGAGAUCACUGACCGCACCAACAUCAGGAUACCAAUAUAAAUCAAGAAAAUUGGAAAAACAACAACCAAGAGAAAGGGUGGUGAUUUCUAAUGAAGGUGAUGAUGAAGACCACAUUGAGGAAGUGAUCCCAGAGAAAAAUGAGAACAAGAAGAAUUUAUCAAACCUCAAUAAUUUAUUUAUUGAUGACUUCAGUGAUGAGAGUGACCAAGAACCUAACAAUGAUGAUAAAGAAGAACCGGUUAUUAUUAAUGAGGAAGAACCUGCUUCAAAAGAACCUGAACCAAAAGAACCUGAAGCUACUUCAAAAAAGACUCCUACUCCAGCACCUCGAGCAGAACCUAUUAAAUCUGAGCAAGAUACCGUUGAUGAAGAUGGUUAUUUGACUUCAUUUAAGUCAAACAAUCCAUUAAAGAAUAAGCAUGAUAAAAAGAAAACACAGUCUUCUUUGAUGAAUUUCUUUAAACCUAAAUAA